AGAGUUUGUUUCAUCGUUCAUUUGAAGUGGCCUGUGGACACUUUCAUCAUCUGCGUCAGUUACCUAUCUGUACGUCUGACGAGAGGACAUAGCAGUGAAGGUAGUGAGAGUGUACAGUACCCGAUGGUAACGCGGCACUUCACGCUUACCAUGACACCUAAACACCUCUUCUUACUCUUACUCUGCCAUACUGCUUGGAGUAUGAUGGUUGCCCGGUGCCCCAAGUACUGGCAGGAUCGAGGGGGUACUGACCAGUGUUACCUCAUCCAUAGUGGCGGACGCGCUAGGUCCUUCUAUGACGCCAGGACCUACUGCAAGGCACACGGAGGCGACUUUGCCUUCAUUGAUACAGUCUCCAUGAGAGAGUGGUUGAGCCUGGCCGUGGCGGAGGUAGGAGACAUUGGUCAGUAUGCCUACAUGUGGGUCGGCGCCAAAUACUCAUCAAAUGCAUGGCAGUGGGUUGGAACCGGAAAACCUAUCAACAGCACAGUGGUGCCGUUUAUGGGUACAGGGACUGGAAACUGCGCCGCCUUCACCGUCGACUCGAGGCUCAUCAAGCAGAACUGCUCUCAAGAACUUAAGUUUAUUUGUCACCGGAACAUCACCAUCCCGCCACCCUGCGAUUAUGAUGAUGGCUGGGAAGAGAUGUAUCAAUCUUGUUUUAAGAAAUCAGCACAAAAGAAAUCGUGGCACGAUGGGCAACUGGAGUGUAAAAUUGAUAAUGGAAACCUAAUCACCGUCUGGGGCAUCACGGAACAGCAACUGGUCACCGACUUUGCUUUUGACGUCCAAGACAAUGUGUGGAUUGGUUUCACUGAGGAGGGCCAUGCAGGCAACUUCCGUUGGAUUAGUGGAGGCAAUAGCACCUACAUCAACUGGGGGGACAAUCAACCAGACUUAUCUUUACACGGCUACGGUGCUGCUGUUAUCGACGAGAAUGACGAGAAUGGUCGCUGGGUUGUGCAGAAGAUCACCAACAUGUUCCACUACAUGUGCAAGAAGCAGCAAGGAGCGUGUCUGCCCGGGUGGGAGCAGUUCCAAGACUCUUGUUACUACUUCAACACGGAGGCGACGGACAAGGUUGUUUGGGAGGACGCUAAGAGCAUCUGUGAGGCUGUCGGCGCUUCCAUGGUUGUCCUUGACACCGAUGAAGAGAAUAAAUUCAUUUUCAAUCACAUAAUGGACAUCGACAAUCUGUGGAUUGGUCUAUAUAGUGUCCCCAACGACACCGUAUACUGGACGGAUGGCUCCACCAUGGACAGCAAGAACUAUACCUACAUGAAGAAUAGUGACAGAGAUAAUGCUCUCAAGGCCAAGGACCAGCAAUGUGUCUUCUUUCAAAAACUUGGUGAUCCCGGAAAGAUGACACCGUCUUGGGUACCCACGGACUGUCACGACCCUCGCCAUUACGUGUGUGAGGUGGGCGUUGGCGACCCAAUCAAUCUCCUACCACCGGACAAUAAGCGGUACUGUGCAGAAGGGUGGGAACAGAGCAACGACCACUGUUACUUCUUCAGCACGGAUGAGCAGACAUGGUCAAGCGCCGCCUCUGUUUGCAGUGCCAACGACGCCAAACUUGCCUCCAUAGUUACCUGGGCGGAGCAGGACUUCAUUUUCGACCACCAGCGGAGCGAAAGUUGGGUUGGCUUAAAUGACCGCUUAAAUGAGGGCACUUAUGUUUGGAGCGACGGUUCCAAAUUAACCAUCACCAACUGGAAUAAUGGAGAGCCUUCCGGUACCGGAGAGAACUGUGUUCAAAUAAAAGCAGACACAGGCAAGUGGAAUGAUAAUUCCUGCGACCAGAAACUGACCUUUAGCUGCAAGAAGAAGGCGUCAAUCACACCCAUUGAUGUAAAGACCACCACCAUUCCCACACAGGAUCCCACAGCAUGCGGGUGGGACUGGACGGAGAAUCCAGAAACAGGGGAAUGUUACCGUCUGGAGCUACAGGAGCUGACGUUUUCGGACGCCCGCUCGGUGUGUCAAGAACUCCCCUAUGACAGCGACCAGUCUUCCCCUGAUGUCGUCUCACUAUACUCUUCAGAGGAACAAACAUAUAUUUACAAUCAGUUGUUGUCGCAACACUUGAGCCAGAACAUGAUUUGGCUGGGCAUGAAGAACGACAUCGACGGUAACAGAUGGCUGGAUGGUACACCUGUUGCUUAUUACAACUGGGAAGACGGUGAACCCAAUGGAUAUUACACCGAGGAUUGUGUGAAUAUGUACCUUGAAGACGGAAAGUGGAAUGACAUGAACUGCGAGGAACGCAUGGCGUUCGUUUGUGAGAAAAAAGGAAGGAACUACGUGGGCCCGCAGCCGCCACCCACUCCAGAAGGUUGGUUCUGUGUUGCUCCCACUCAGUUACAGCUGGUAGCAAUACUCAUUCACCACCCCUACCAUCACUCACCCACCACUCCAUCCAACACUCACCCACUACUAGUGCCAAUACUUAUCCACGACGGCUACCAACACUCAUACCAACACUCACCCACUACUAGUACAAAUACUCAUCCACCACGGCUACCAACACUCAUACCAACACUCACUAUUGGUACAAGUACUCGUUCACCAUUGGUACCAAUACUCACCCACCAUUGCUACGAACAGCUAAUCACGACUGGAACCAACACUUACCACUCAUACUAAUCAUUUACAACUGUAACCAAAGCUUACUAUUCUUGCCAUUUACCCAUACACUAUUGUAACACUACCACUGUUAAAGUCACCUGUAUUUAGUGUCUCGUCAGUAUUUGAAGACAUGCAAAUGGCAGGGAUUUUCUUGAGACGCAGUUAUGUAGUAGUACUCUAAUUCUGGAAGCACAACACCAGUAUAUGUACGGUUAAACACUUACGGGUAGCAAACGCUGUGUGGUGUCGCUUAGAAAGAGAGGAGCUGUGGUGUCUUACAUGACCAGGUUAUAACCAAGGAUAAAAUUCUGUUUUUAGUCCCUGGUUAUUACUACUCUGAUCAAUGUGCUGCAAAGUAGUGAUAUAGUGAAGAGCGACUGCUUUUAGUAUCCUGGUGGUCCAGCAGUUAGCAUUCCCCGGUCACAGUCAU